AUGGUUCUAUCUGAUACUGGAUCAGAGGAGAACAAUUCCACAUUGCAUCAAGGGAAAAAAUACAUGGUGUAUGACUGCAGUUACGCUCAUGGGCGUGAGUGUGGUGGUUGGUCGGACAGAUUGUCGGGCAUGCUCAGUGUCUAUGUUAUAUCUAUUAUGACUAAUCAGACAUUUCUGGUGAAUCAUGAUAAACCUUGUCCCCUCCAAAAGUUCCUGGACUUCAGAGACCAUAACUGGAUUUAUAACCAGGAAAGCUUGAAGAAAAACAAUCUUUCUCAUCAAUACCUGUCAUUUUUCUGUAACGUCCCCGCAGCCGUUAAAUCCCACCGAAUGAAACGUUUAAUAGUGACUUUCAAUAGGGAUGUUAACUUUGUGCGCAUGAAUUGGGACUAUACUGAGCAUUUUCGAUCCAUGAAGGGAACAGGAAAGGUUGUACCUUGGAUAACCACACUGCAGUACGCAGAUAUUUAUAAACAUUUCUUUAAUUCACUUUUCAAGCUAAAAAAAGAAAUGAGUGAUUACUUGGAUCAUGUAAGAGGACACAAACAUUUUGCUUGUGCACAUAUACGCAUGGGUGAAUCAGGCAUGGUGCGUACAACACCGGCGGAAUUAGGUGAUAUAUGGCGUUUUUUGAAAAAGAAAGAAAAACAGAAAUUUUCCAUUUUUGUGGCGACGGAUUCUAAUUUAGUGAAGAAAAAGGCCCGGGAAUUGUUCUCAAGAUCUUUAGUUGACAUUCAUGGUGUCAUCACGCACAUUGACAUUACUAAUAAAGAUGAUCAAUGUGCUGGGUUCCGUAAAGCCAUCUUAGACUUUUUUAUGUUGACGCUGUGUGAGGAGCUCAUCAUAACAAGGAGUGGGUUCGGUAUAAUAGCCGCCUACCUCAGACAGCAUCACACGUUAUACUGCUUGACCCGUAGUGGUGUUGUCCGCUGUACUAGGUUAACCAUCCACAAUAUUUUCCCUACACCAAUCCUCUCACCAUUCUGA